UUCUGUACUAUUGUUGGAAUAAAUAAAAAGGGAGCUACAGCGAAACAUAUUUUUAAUAAGCCGUUAUUUGUUUUGUGUAAAAGCUUGCGGUACCGAAAGUAUUUAUCCAAGUUUUUAAAAGCAGUAAGAGCAAACACAACGAAAGCCUUGAUAUUUUUCAUCAGAAAAACGAAAGACCACAAAAACAACAAACAAUUAAUCUAAACAAAAAGAAAAAAAAAAACAUUAAAGAGCCGUAGAAGAACAGGGAACAGGGAAAAAAUACUUGAAAAUUAAUAUUAUCCUUGACAGCAGCCUGCAAAAACAAACGCAAUAAUUCCACCUUCGCGCUAUUAAAGAUAACCGAAUUUUUUUAAACACCAAAGGGGGACACCUCACUCUCGAAUCAAAAUGGCCUUUUCAACACAAAAAGAAUUCUUUCAUGUGCCCUUCAUGAACGAAACGGUCGACUAUGAGUGCCGCAGAGCUUGCGUCAAAUUGAAGACGUAUCAAUCGACCACCGACGAUCGCUCGUGGGCCAUGGAUGAGUCGCUCCAAUCGAGAUUCCUGUCAGAUUUGGUCACUUGCCAGACGCCGGUUGGCGGUUUCGGUAUUGGCGACGAUGACGAAUAUGAAAGCGAUGAAGCAGGGCCUGCAGGAGGACAAAGACGAAUAAAUAGAAACAACGGGCGUGGAGGUGAUGGUCGCGGCGAUCGUGGAAAACAUGCAGCUGAUGGCAAUCGCUAUAGCGCUAGCGCUGGUAUGGGUGGUGAUGUGGGCAGUUCCGGUCCAAGUGGAAGUGGACGUGGAGGUGGAUAUGCUCCACAAUAUGGUUAUCGCCAAGCCGCUUAUAUCGGAAGUGGAGGUGUUGGUCAUGGUGGUGGCGCUUCUGGUGGUGGCGGCGGUGUAGCUGGCAAACAGGGUCAAGGUGGUCUCGUUACCGCUGAUAGUGUACUUGCGUGCGCCAACGAACAAAUGGGCCGUCUACAGGAUCUGCUGUUGGACAAGCAGAAACUCGAAAAGCAAUUAGAGGUGUCGAAUGAACGCUUGAAAGUCGCCAAUAUGGAGAAUGACAAAAUCAAGGCGAUCAUGAAUGAUAGAUUCGAUAGCAAUCAUGCGAAGGAUUUCUACAAUAAAAUACAGAAACUUGCAACAAGCGGCAAAAUAAACAGAAGCGAAGAGAAUGAACUACUCCACAUCUACAAUAAAUUCGAAGAUAUGAAUAAAGCGUAUGAAGUUUUACAAGCCGAAAAUGCCCAUCUGAAGCGACUUAUGGAGAAGCUGUCGUUGCGGGCCUCCUACGAAGCAAUCAAAAUGGAACCAGAAAAAAGCAAUGAUGUGCCGUUUCUACAGAAUGAGGUAAACAAAUUGCGCCAGGAGGUAUCCAUGCUAAGGAAGUACGAAGAUGAUAAGUUGAAGGGACGCACGGAUAGUAAUCGAAAUAAGUCGCCUGAUGUCGAUCCCGACACACUCAAGGCAAUUAUAACGGAGCGCAAUGCUUUGCGUGAGAAAUGCAAAACGUUCAAAGAUCUCGAGGCAAGGGUAUAUGAGCUGCAGAAGAUAGCCAAUGAAGCCGAUAAAAUGUCUGAGCAUAUUGUGAAAAUGGAGCAUGAGAUGAAGAAGAUGCAAGAUUACUACGAAGAUCAAAUGGGCAAGCUGAAGUUCAACGAGGAGUUUUUGAAGUGUCAGCUGGACGAAAUGAAAGAAGACCUAAUUCGUGCCAGAUGUAGCGCACAAAAAGCGGAAUGCUUACAAAUGGAAAUUAGCUGCUUGCGAAACGAGCUGAUGCGACGUGAUCGGUCGCUGAACGAUUACGAUUGCCAGUAUAAACAAUUGAUGAAUGUCAUCGACGAGUUGCAGGGCAACGCCAUUCAAAAUCUUCACGAUACACAAACUCAAACUUGUGCCGAUUAUAUGGAGGACUUGACAUUCUUUGCGCGCGCCACCUUGAGCGAAAUCAAGAAGGAGCUGAGGAAACGUGGCGGCGAUGGCGACAAAAUCGGUGGCGGCGGCAUUUUCGAUGGACACGCCAUCACCGACGGCCUGAGUCCCGAAGAAUGUUGUGCCGAAAUGCGACGUCUACAAGAUAUCGUCAAGCAAUUAACAAAACAAAACGAAAUAUUGCAAAGUAACGUAAAGAAAGCGGCCGAAGAUUUAUGCGCAGACGCUCUUAAAAAGUUAGAGGAAAUGGAGGAGAAAUAUAAGAAAGCUCAAGACGAUAUUGCAAACUUGAAGAAGGAUAAGGACGAUCUUAAUAUGCGUGCGAUAAAUAAACUUCACGAGUUCUCUGAUCGUGUCGAUAAAUUGGAUUCGGAUGUGGGUGAGACGGCAAAAGAUACAGCUGGUAUGGAUAAGGAUUUGAAGGAAUCAAUGAAACUAGUGAGGGAGAUAAGUGAUAUACAUCUGAAAAAUGCGGAGCUGUCGAAUGCAGUGCAUGCGAUUACCACGCGCGAUGACGAGAAACUGAUCGACGACCUACGGAGGCAAUUGCUCGAAGAGCAAGCGAAGAACAAUAAAUGCCAGGAAGAGAAUAAACACUUACAAGAUGCUCUUGUCAAACGUGGCAUUGAUCCAGAUUUGGUUAAGAAAGACCUCGUUAAGGGCACUGAUGAUGCGCAAAAAGAAGGUCCCGGUGUCGAAAGGGUCGGUCGUGGUGCCGAUCAAGAUACCCAGAGAAGGGGCCCUGGUGGCGGUCUAGUUGGGCAAAGAGAAGGUCCUGGUGUCAGUGAAGAUGACAGAAGAGGGGGCUUUGGCGUUGGUCAAGAUGACAGAAGGGGAGGCCCUGAUGCCGGUAAAGAUGACCGAAAAGUUGGAUCUGGUGCCGGUAAAGAUGGCCUAAGAGAUGAACGAAGAGGAGGUCAAGAUGAGAGAAGAGGAGAGGGCCCUGGGGCGGUCCAAGAUGCACAAAGAGGCGGUCCUGAUGCCGGCCACGAUGACCAAAAAGGAGAACCAGGUGCAGGCCAAGAUGACCGAAGAGGAAAAGGCCCUGGUGUCGGUCAAGAUGCACAAAAAAGAGGACCUGGUGCCGGUAAAGAUGCACAAAGAGGAGGCCCUGAUGCCGGCCGCGAUGACCAACAAGGAGGACCAGGUGCCGGUCAAGAUGACCGAAGAGGAAAAGGCCCUGGUGUCGGUCAAGAUGCACAAAGAGGAGGACCUGGUGCCGGUAAAGAUGCACAAAGAGGAGGCCCUGAUGCCGGCCGCGAUGACCAACAAGGAGGACCAGGUGCCGGUCAAGAUGACCGAAGAGGAAAAGGCCCUGGUGUCGGUCAAGAUGCACAAAGAGGAGGACCUGGUGCCGGUAAAGAUGCACAAAGAGGCGGCCCUGAUUCGGGGCAAUAUGACCAAAACGCAGUACCAGGUGCCGGUCAAGAUGACCGAAAAGGAAAAGGUCCUGGUGCCGGUCCAGAUGCACAAAGAGGAGGACGUGGUGCCGGUCAAGAUGACCAAAAAGGAGGACCAGGUGCCGGUCAAGAUGACCAAAAAGGAGGACGUGGUGCCGGUCAAGAUGACCAAAAAGGAGGACCAGGUGCCGGUCAAGAUGACCAAAAAGGAGGACGUGGUGCCGGUCAAGAUGACCAAAAAGGAGGACCAGGUGCCGGUCAAGAUGACCGAAGAGGAAAAGGCCCUGGUGUCGGGCAAGAUGCACAAAGAGGAGGACCUGGUGCCGUUAAAGAUGCACAAAGAGGCGGCCCUGUUGCCAGUCAAGAUGACCAAAGAAGCAGCCCUGGUGCCGGUCAAGAUACACAAAGAGGCAGUCCUGAUGCAGGUCUAGAAGAACAAAGCCGAGGCCGUACUGGGCCCGGUACCGGCCAAAAAGAUCGACCCGGUGCGGGCAAAUAUGACGGUCCGGGUGCAGGUCAGAAAGGUGAGCCUGGUGCAGGCAAGGAUGGUGGUCCAACUACUGGUCAGGGAGGGGAACCUGGUGAUGGUAAAAGAACAGGGCCUAUUGCUGGCAUGGAAGGAAGCCCAGCUACAGUUCGUGAAGGCGGACCUAAUGCUAGUAGAAAAGACGGGUCGGAUGUAGGCAUGGACGGUGGGCCAGAUGCUAGUAGAAAAGGAGGACCCGGUACAGAAGAGGUCGGCGGAUCUGAUGACCUCAAAAGGGAUGACGGUGCAGGCAGGGAUGGCGUUCCAGGUGUAAGUGGACCAAGUACUGGUACUCCCGGCAGUCCCACUGCGGCUGCAGGUCCGUCCGGCGCUGACGGUGCUACAGCAGGUCCCACAGGGGAUGGUUCUGCAGUCGGUGGCGGAAUAACUGGCGGUGGUACCAGAGGUAUUACAGAUGCAACUGGCAACGUCCAUGGUGUUGGUGGUGGUAGCCCGGGUAGACUACAAAUGCGAAGUGGUGCCAGUCCUAGUGGUGGUGGGGGAAAAGGACGUAAAGGAAAAAUUUCCGAUGCUCCUGGCGACGAUGCUUUCCAACAAUUCAUCGACGUUAAUGCCACUACAAUGAUGUCAAAUAUAAAGGCUGGCAGUGCGCUGGAGAAGGAACUGCGCGGCAUACUGAAUGCUUUCAUGAUGGAGUGUGGAUUCUGUUUCUGUAAAAGUCUUGUGCCGAAGAGCAAAUUUUAUGCCCUCUGUCACAAGCUAUUGCACAGCGGCAUACAAUGUAUGUCUUUUCGCGAGUUGGCAUAUAUGCAUCGAAAAGUAUUCAUGGCCGCUGACAAGUUGCAUCCAGGCUGUCUACUAAAUAUGAUACUCACCGAGCAAGGUUUCAAGGAUGGCGAGCGUCUCAAGUGUUGCCAUUGCAAAAACGCGCUCUGCUGCAGCAAUUCAGCGGAAAUGCUCAAAGAAAAAGUGUACAAGUUGGAGCGGGACAUUGAGAUGGCCAAGGAACAUCUGGACAGCUUGAGGGUGCAGUCACGAUCGCCUAAGAGUCCAUGUACAACACGCGGAAAGACAUACCGGCAAAUGGAAGACAGCUAUUCAGAAGCUGUUGAAGAACUUCUAACAUGCCGGGAAACCAAACUUGCAUUGUCCAAAACAACUAGCAAACACAUGAAAACUUUGAAGGCUCGCAUCAUGAAAUGUUCCGACCUGAUGCGUUGACGAAUGUCGUCAAGCAAUUUCUCCUGUACCUUUUUUCUGUGCGUUAGUGCCGUUAUUUGUGUGUGUUUGUUUGUGAAAGACAGAUUCAUUGAAAAUCCCAACGACCUUGUUACGCUGUAUACAUA